UUUAUAUUUGGCUGGCUGAGUACAAGCAUUAUGGCCUCGGGCCAUACAAAUCAUCCGUUUCGGGGUCGUAUCAGGCAGCUGGAUAGAGCAAUUUGGCUCGCGCCGCCGCUCCAGUUGUCACCUUAAGGUCUCUGUAAGUGAUUAGCUGCAGCUGGGCAUCCUCUUGGCAUCGGACCCAUCCUGGCCGACAUCGUCACCAUGCAAGCCAACCGCGCACCAAGAAUCAAGAACAGGGCGCCAGCGCCGAUCCAAAUUACCGCUGAGCAGCUGCUGCGAGAGGCGCAGGAGAGACAGGAAGCUCCCUUCCAAGCAGCAAAGGCUCGUGUGGAGGACUACGAAGAACUCGAAGAGUACAGAGGACGGAAGCGAUCAGAGUUUGAGAGCCGGAUCCGGACAACACGGACAAAUGCCACAGCAUGGAUCAAGUAUGCACAAUGGGAGGCGUCGCAAGGAGAGAUGCUCCGUGCGCGGUCCGUCUUCGAGCGAGCCUUAGACGUAGACCCAUACAGCAUCCCAAUAUGGACGCGGUAUAUCGAGACUGAGCUCAAGAAUCGCAAUGUCAAUCAUGCGCGCAACCUCCUCGACCGCGCGGUCAGCAUUCUGCCGCGGAUGAAUCAGAUGUGGUACAAGUAUGUUCAUCUGGAAGAGCUGCUAGGGAAUGUCCAAGGAGUACGGCAAAUUUUUGAGCGAUGGAUGGUGUGGGAACCGGAUGAGAAGGCUUGGUCCGCCUUUGUCGCCUUCGAGCUGCGGUAUGGCGAAAAGGAACUGGCAAGCAAAGUCUGGGAGCGGGCUGUGACUUGCCAUCCUGACCCGCGGGAGUGGAUCAAGUGGGCCAAGUUUGAAGAGGAAGAGCGACAAGAUCUGGACAAGGCGCGGGAAGUGUUCACGAUGGCGCUCGAUUUUUUCGGAGAGGAUGAAGACAAGCUAGAAAAGGCGCAAACGGUCUACACGGCUUUUGCAAAGAUGGAAGCCCGAGCAAAGGAGUACGAGCGCGCACGAGCGAUUUACAAGUAUGCUCUUGAGCGGCUACCACGAAGCAAGAGCCAGGGCAUCUACUCUAGCUAUACGCGCUUCGAAAAGCAGUUUGGCGAUCGGCAAGGCGUGGAAGAUACCGUGCUCGGCAAGCGAAGAAUCCAGUACGAAGAGGAGCUCUCAGCCGAAGGUGGCGGUUCUAAUUACGACACCUGGUUCGAUUACGUCAAGCUCGAAGAGGAGGCAUUCCGCUGGCUACUUCAAUCUGGGCUAUCACUCAAAGCUUCCGAGGUACUCAAAGCUCGGAAUCGCGUGCGCGAGCUAUACGAGCGCGCGGUGGGCAACGUGCCGCCAUCGUGCGAGGAAAAGCGGCACUGGCGGCGGUACAUCUUCCUCUGGCUGAACUACGCUCUGUUCGAGGAGGUCGAUGCGAAGGACACCGAACGAGCGAGAGAGGUGUACAAGGCUGCGAUCGCGUUGGUACCGCACAAAGCCUUUACCUUCGCGAAGCUCUGGUUGCAGUAUGCGCACUUCGAGAUCCGCCAGCUUGACCUUGGCGCCGCGCGCAAGAUCCUUGGCGCUGCGAUCGGCAUGUGUCCUAAGGAACGUCUGUUCCGCGGGUACGUGGACUUGGAGCUGAGCCUAAAGGAGUUCGAUCGCGCGCGCAAGAUUUACGAGAAGGCGCUUGAGUGGGAUCCGAGCAAUUCGCGCACGUGGGUGCGCUUUGCGGAGCUGGAGAAGAAUCUGUUCGACGAUGACCGCGCGAGAGGAAUCUUCCGCCUGGCGAUCGAGCAGCAAGGAGGGAUGGACAUGCCCGAGGUGGUAUGGAAGGCUUACAUUGACUACGAGUUCGAGAUGCGCGAGUGGAACAACGUCAAUCGUCUGUAUGAGUCGUUGGUCGAGCGAAGCGGGCACGUCAAGGUCUGGAUCUCGUACGCGCUCGCGCAGAUCGGGAGCGCUAUCGCGGAGGAGGAGGAUGAGGAUGCGCCUGAUGAGGAUGAAGAUGAGGCAGAGCAGGCGCAGGAGCGCCGGCCGCCCAAGGAGCAUAGCGAGGAGGCGCUUGAGGCCAGACGACAAAGGAGGGAGGAGAGGAAAGAGCAGACACGACGGAUCUUCGAUAGGGCAUAUAAGGAUCUUAAGAUGCGUGGCUUGAAAGAAGAGCGCGUCGUAUUGCUUGAAGCAUGGAAGUCAUUCGAGGCGCAGCACGGAGCCGAUGCGGACGGCUUGAACGCGAAGCUCAAGGAGGUGGAGGCUCGGAUGCCGCGCGUGGUCAAGAAGCGGCGCGAGGCGAUGGGAGGGGAAGGCAUGGAGGAGUACUACGACAUGCUAUUCCCGGAUGACGAGGAUGGAAAGGGCAAGCCAUCGUUCAAGCUCCUACAGAUGGCACAUGCGUGGCGUGCCCAGCAGCAGGCACAGGCGCAGGAACAGGCACAAGCACAGGCGGAGGAGCCAGAGCAAGCGCAGGAGCGAGAAGAAGUUGAAGGCGAAGCGUGAUCGUGGGCCAUGCUGUACCUAUAAAUUCAACUGCGUGCCGCAUGUCAGAUG